AUGCCUGCCUCCAAGAAGAGCACGAAGGCCGCCAAGCUUCCGAUCGCCGACGUUGCUGGCGACCUCAGCGAUGACUUUGACGUCUCGAGUGACGAAGAAGGGGUGUUCCCCGCCAAGGGGGUGAAGAAAGCCCACCUCCCCGUGGCGGGUGACGCUGAGUCCGAUGACGAAGAAGAAGUGUUCGGCUCCGACGAUGAGGAAGAAGAGCUCGGAGAUGAUAACGAUGAUGAAGAGGCCGCUAAGGAAACCACGGGAGAUGACAACAAUGACGGAGUUGACGACAAGGAUGACGAAGCGAAGGAAGACACUGAACAGGCACAGUCUCAGAUCCCGGAGAAGCUUAAUAAGAAGUUGAAGAAGAUGACCCCCGAAAGAUUGGCUAAGGAACAAAAGAGAGUUAAAAAGUCCGGCGUGGUCCAUUUAACUCUGGUGCCACCAUUUAUGCAACCGUCUAAACUCCGACUGAUCAUGCUGAGGUUUGGUCCCGUGGGGCGGAUCUUUUUACAGCCAGAAGACGAAAAGUUACGCCGCAAGCGGAUCAAGUAUAAGGGUAACAAGCGGCAGAAUUUUACCGAAGGGUGGGUCGAGUUUGAGAAGAAGAAGCACGCCAAGUUGUGUGCGAUGACGAUGAACGGACAGAAGAUCGGGGGAAACAAAAAGGACCGCUACCAUGACGACAUCCUCAAUUUGCGCUAUCUCCGCAAGUACACCUGGCAAGACUUACAACAACAGCUCGCCACUGAGAACGAAGUGAGACAGGCUAAGCUUGCCCUCGAAGUGUCUCGCCAACGUAAGGUGAAUAAGACGUUUAUCGAGAAUGUGGAGACGGCCAAGAUGAUCGAACGGGCCAAGAAGCGUCGCGCUGAGGAUGAAGAGGCGCCGAAGAAGCAUGAAGACGACGACAAGGUGCGGCGGACGUUCAAGCAGAGAAAGAUCGCCAGUGCCCGGGCCGAUGCCGACACCACUAAGUUCACCAAGGAGAAGGCCGGCGACCAGUUGGAACUGGUGAUUAACCAAAUUUUUUAG